UACACCUCCCAGAAAGCCUUGCGCGGGGGCGGAGACUGCAGGGAUGAGAUGGCGGAGUCGCUGCCCCUGGAGAUGCUCACGUAUAUCCUGAGCUUCCUGCCUCUGUCAGAUCAGAAAGAAGCCUCCCUCGUGAGUCGGGCUUGGUACUGUGCAGCCCAGCAUGCUCUUCGAGAGGCAAAUGUUCAAUACAACAUCCCAGUGUCCUCUGCCUCCCUUCCAACCAUCAAAAGCUUGGGCCUCAGGGGCAUCUCCUGCAUUAGCCUGACCAACUUGGAUGGCUCACCUACCUCACAGAAGGUGCUGCAAUCUGUUGCCUACCACCUAGGCCCCCACCUGCAGAGCUUGUGCCUGGGUGGGGGCAGCCCCACAGAGGCAUCCUUUGUAGCCCUGAUCCAAGGAUGCCCAGCCCUGCGUACCCUUGACCUCAGUGGCUGUAACAGCCUCUUCACAUCAGGCAUGCUGUUGGCUCAGCCUGAGACAGCACAGAAUGUCCGGCAGGCAUUGAGUGGCCUCUGUGAGCUCAAUCUCGCUGGCCUGCGAGACCUGGAUGACCUUAGCUUCAACCAGCUCAGCAGCUGUGUCCCCAACUUGGAGCGCCUCUCGUUGGCCUACUGCCACCUUACCUUCCAGCUAGAUGCAGGUCAAGGCCCCAUCAGCCCUCAGGACUCCUAUUUCUGCAAACUCUCCUUCCACAAUGUGCUCCGAUUUAUAAAAGAGCGAGCUGGCACACUGCAUGCCCUGGACCUGAGUGGCACCGGCUUGCCACCUGAAGCUCUGCAGGCUUUGGGCCAGGUGGCUGGCCUGAAGCUGCAGGAACUGAGCUUGCAUAACUGCUGGGAACUCUCCACAGACGCCGUGGCCACCCUGUGCCGCCAGCAACCAGGACUUACUUCUCUGGACCUCAGUGGCUGCUCAGAACUGACUGAUGGGGCACUCUUGGCUGUGAGCCGAGGCCUGGGGCACCUGCAGCGCCUGAAUCUGGGGAAGCUGCAGCAGCUGACAGAUGCAGGGUGCACAGCCCUGGGGGGCCUGCGGGAGUUGCGGAGCCUAGACAUGGCUGAAUGCUGCCUGGUGAGUGGGCAGGGACUGGCCCAGGCCCUGGGCUCAGUGCAUGGAGCUUCCUCACCGCUGACCACCCUCAGGCUGGCCUACUGUUCUUCACUGAAGGAUGCCUCAGUGUUCUCUGUAAUCUCAGCACUGGGUCUGACCCUCCGGGUGCUAGACUUGUCUUCCUGUGUGGCCCUCACCAACCGGACCAUACAGGCCAUCUGCACCUGCCUCACCCACCUCUCAGUCCUGCGCCUGGCCUGGUGCAAGGAACUCCAAGAUUGGGGGCUUCUGGGGCUGCAGGAACCAUCUGAGGAACCUGUACUGGGUCCUCAGCUGCACCCACAGCUAGAGCAUCAGGCUUCAGACCACUUUCUCCAGCCGCUGGGACCUUCCCUGCUCAUGUUACAGGCCUUGCAAGAGUUGGACCUCACAGCCUGCAGCAAGCUGACUGACACCAGUCUGGCCAAGGUGCUCCAGUUCACCCAGCUGAAGCAACUGUCACUGAGCCUAUUACCAGCACUCACAGACAUCGGUUUGGUGGCUGUGGCCAGGGGCUGCCCUAGCCUGGAGCGCUUGUCGCUGAGUCACUGCAGCUGCCUCAGUGAUGAGGGCUGGGCCCAGGCAGCUGGGUUCUGGCCCAGGCUGCAGCACCUCGACCUAUCCAGCUGCAGUCAGCUCACAGAGCAAACACUGGACACUAUUAGGCAGGUGUGCAAGCAACUACGAGUACUGGAUGUGGCCAUGUGUCCUGGUAUCAGUGUGGUGGCCAUCCGGCGCUUCCAAGCCCAGCUGCCUCAGGUGACUUGUGUCCGGUCUCGUUUUGUGGGAGGGGCUGACCUGACCCUGACACUCUGAGGCCAGGUCAGUAUCCAGCCCUGCAGCUCAGCCUCCUUCACCCCAUAGUCCCAACCCAGGACUGUGGACCUGGAGUUUUCCCCAGUGCCUCUUGCCUCUCUCUGCUAGACUUCUUGUCUUGGAAUGGAGGUGGGACCAACCCAGGGCAGCCAGAAGACUUCCUGCCCUGGCCUUCCCCACAGCUGGGCAGCAGUCUGUCUUCAGCUACAUGUCACUGCCACAGGCCCCUGGAAAUGCCAGCUACAUGUGGCUGCCACAGAUUCCUCCUGUAUUCAUUCUGCUCCCUUGAGGCACUGUUCCAGCUCCCACAAGCACCAAGCUUUAGCAGCCAAGUUAAUUUUACUGUAAACCCAAACAAGAUUAAAAAUUCUGG